CACACAGUAACAAAUUCACGUGAUAGUAUAUGAUAUAUGUGGCCCUCACUAGUUUCUUAACUUUCUCUCUUUCUUUUUCCUUCAACCGGAUAGCUGGCUAUAUUUCUCCGAUUUUCGGUAAAAAAAUACACCAGAAAAUACUACUUUUGGAUUUCUCCUAUACAGUAUAAUUUUAUCCGGUGAGAUUUCGGAUUCCUAUGUGUUUGUUUCUCAGGAAAAGGAUUCCGGUUUCCAAUUUGCUUGCCAGAGUUACAAAACAUUCAAAUUGAAAAAGUUAGGGUUUAGUUGGGGGAAAUUGGUACCGUUAACUGGAAAAGAUCUUGAGGGCAAAGACCAGAUAAGAAUAGAAGGCAAACAUCUUGAUCGAAAUACUUGCCAUUAACUUCUGUUACAUCUCCGUUUUGAUUUGCCCCAUUAACACAUCUAGAGAAAGAGGUGAGUUAGGUAGAAACUUGACUGGAGGUGAGGAGAGAGUGGAGAAACCUAACCCAUUAAAAGCAUACAUAUAACCCUGUAAGAGUACCGAGUCCAGCCCCUUAAGAGCCCGUUAAAAAUAAACCCUUUAAAAGCCCGGUCCAUUUAUAAUAUUUAAGGGCUCAGCCCGUUAUUAAACGGGCUGGAUACGGGCUUUUACUGGGGCUCCAGCCCAUUGAACAGGAUUUAGGUCCCAUGGCUCAUCCAGUGUGACCACAUUCCCACAUUAAGGUAGGAAUUAUUUCACCUUCUCUCUUGGUUCUUAAUUUCUUAUUGGAGUACUCUGAUGUUUAUUUUGAUUUCAAGCUAUUUCUCCUAUAUCGCAAGCCAAUUGCUUUCUGUUUAGAAUAAGAACAAGAACAACCAGUUGAUUGUUUGUAGAUAGUUUUGUCCAAACUUGGGGCAUUGUUGCAGUGUUUGUGUUGUAGACUUCCUUACCUGCUGGCGAAGUUACUGCAGGAGGUUGGUGAGAUUUCUGAGAUGGGGGUAAAGGGAGGCUAUAUAAAUAUUCAAUAAAUAAAAUUAAUUUUAUGGGAAAGGGGUUAGCCAUCUUCUACUUUGUAUUAUUCAAACCUCGAUAUUCUUCAAACUCCGAAGGCCUGAAGGGAUGAAGUCUUUAAAGAGAAUGGGAAGUUAGGCACUGUCACCGCUUCAGAACGCCGCUCUAAUCGCCGCCGCAGUUCAAUUUACGAAUGAGCUCCACUCUCUCUGUCUGGUUUCCGUUUGUCUCUUCUCUUUAUUAAUUGAUGUUCUAAUUGCCGGAUAAUUUUGGUAUUUGCGGAGAUCUCGAGUUAUAGAGAAUAAGUGAAAUUCUUUGAAAUCCUUGUUAAAUUUCGACAUUCUAGAAUUGUUGCAGUUGAUGUGUUGCUGCAAUUCUUAGUUGAUGGUUCUGCAGAUUCUUGGAUGCUUGGUAAGCUACUACAGUAGGUUGGUGUGAUUGCUGAUAAGUAAAGGGGAUGUUAUUGUUGAAAAUCAAAUGGUAUCGAACAUGUCGCUGCAACUAACUUGCACUGAAAUUAGGUUCAACAUCAGGUCUCGGUUGGGAUCUUCUCGUAUAUAUGAGCAGCAAACCCUCCGAAGAAAGGCCCGGUACUUUCAAAUCCCUGCAGUAUUCACUUAAAAGGUUAUUUACGACAAGAUCCUAAGCUUGUUGCAUGCAUCUAUCAUUUACUUUUUCAUUGAACUCUGCUAGAUGGUAGAUUCCCUUAAGGAUUUUACUUGAAUAUCUGGAUAGUCCUUUUCAAAACAGCCAUUCUAUACAAAUUAUGUGGAACAAAAUUAUUGUUAUGCUGCUCUAUUAACUGCACUUCAAAAUACCAAGCCCCAUUAGUUCUCUGAUAGCCCAUCCAAUGUAAGAUAUUACUCCAAACCUCAUUAGAGAACUCACACGAGAAAAACAGUCAGCAAAAUUUUGCAGUAACUAAAGAAGUAGAGUUUUUUUUUUUAUACAAACCAAUACAAAACAAAUUCUGAGACUAUUUGCAGCCUGGCUGGGUUCUUGUUGUUUGUCUUCUUUUCUGCGAUGAUGUCCUCCAGGUCUGAGACUGUUUGCUGCCUGGAAUUUCUUAUAAUCCCCCUUUAUAAAGGCCUGGCUAUUAUACUUCCUGUAAUUCAGAUUUACUUCCCAGGCUUCACUUUCUCCGCCUAAUGAGCUUUAUGAUAGAGCAUCUGUUUUCUAGACCACUUGCUUUAACAAACGUUUUAGGCAGGUACUGCAACAAGUGACACUGCUAAUCAGUAAGGCAACUAGUAGCUUGCAUCUUAGUUUUUUAUAUGAAGUCAUCACUAGUACAUAUUGUUUAUGCCAAAAUUCGUAUGGGGGCGACUUUCGGCUAGGGUCGACACUAACUAAACAAAGAAUCAACGACACAAAUAAAGAGGCACGACACAGAGGAGUGUUGACGCGGAAAACCCAGGAAUAAGGUAAAAAACCGCGGAUAGCUAUGAGGCUAUCAAUCCACUAAGUAUUCUAUAUGAUUGUUUAUGCUUUUCUCUCUAAGAAUCGAUAUCAAAAAUCUCAAGUACAAUAAUGAAUACUGAAACAGUUUAUAGCUUAAGAGUCUUUUUGCUUGAAUCAACGUGCCUUGCUUAUCAUUAUCUUCGUCCUUUUAUAGGAUAUUCUCAACGGUCUGAUCGGUUGAGGAAAUCCCACAAAGAUAGGAGUAUCUUUGUCACACGACUCUUCAACCUUUAACUGCUUCCGCGCUUCUCGCGGGUGUCUUGGACUCGUUCUUGCUAGCUUGACGGCGCUGCCUAUCAUGGGCUUUAGGUCAACUUAUCUUCAUCAACCCGUUUCUCGAGGACGUGUCUCAGUUGCCUGUACUCUGUCGCCUGUCCUUCGUCGGUUAUACCUCGUCGUACGAUGCUACGUCGGACGUAUCUCCCUGGAGCUGUGUUUACCUGCGACACGACAGGACCUGGCUGACACGACAUGAUCAAACGUUAGAACGGUUAUGUCGUUAGUCCAAAAAGUGGGAUAACAGUUUGCCCCCAAUUGUGAGUUUGCGGAGUCACACAGAGCAAAAGAAACAAUUCAAAUUAAAAAACCGUCUUCAACUGCCUAGUUCGUGGGAUAAAACCGUUCAAAAUUCUAGAGUAAUAAAUACCAAUUCACGACAUGCAAUAAAGUUCUUCACACCAAGUUUUUCAAAAAAUUUCUAGAUCCGAAAGCAGGAGAGAGAAGAGGGAGAAAGCGAAGUCGAUUUUCGCACUGAGUUUGUUCGAUUUCAGGUAAAAUUUGCUUUCUUUUUCGAUUUCCUUGUAGAUUUUUGUAAGUGAGAUGGGUAGAUCUAAGUCGGUUGUAGCGAGAGGAAAGGGGGAGUCGGGUUCCACUCGGGUUAAGUCCCUUAACCCGAUAUAUUCUACUGUGGUGGAUCCGGCGGCUUUUGUUGAACUUGCUGGUUUGCCGCCGUCGGCGGAAGUGAAGAUUCCCGGCUCGGAUGAGGAAGCCUUUGACUGUCCAGAGGGGUAUGUGGUUAUGUAUGAGUAUCCGUUCACAAUUGGCUUCAAGUUUCCUUUCACUCCUCUAGUUAGGUCCUUUAUCGAGGUUUUCCAUUUGAGUCCGGGUCAGUUGAUGCCCCAGAUAUGGCGGGUUUUCACGGUGGUGCACGGAGUUACUGCGAACUGGCGUACGCCGUUUGACCUGUCUGAUUUGAUGUACACUUACGACCUAGCACUGCAGAAGUGUUGUAGGUAUACCUUGGUUACGAAGAAGGGGAAGACGAACUUAGGUGUUGGUUUAGGUGUGAACGACAGGGGUUGGCAGAGUCGUUUUGUCUUUGUAGGCAAAGAUUCUCUGGGAGAUAAAGGGCGGUUUCUGGUCGAGGGAUGGACGAUGGAAGUUGUCAAGGCGUCGUCGUUGACUGAGUUGAACGCUGAUUCUGAGGAUAAGUAUCGGAGGUUCUUGGGUUAUUCUGUCGAGGAUAGGUCUUUCAGUCGCGACGGAGAGUUUUUAGACGAGCAGGAGGUGGACCGGUCAGGCGACGUUGCCGAGGAGGAGGAGAUAGACGAGGAAUCAGGUCAACUGACUCGUCGUCGGAAAAGGUUGGAUUUGCUUGAGGAGGUAGUGGCAAACUCAUCGUCCGCCGAAGGUGAAGUAGGUGAUAUGGCUGACAACUCAGAGCAUACUCUUUCGUCUCGUCCUGUGUCGAGGAUGUCUCAGAGCGAGAUUCAGGAGCGUGCAAGGAAGCGACUGAGGUCGUCCUCGACUUCUGGUGGACGAGGUAUGACGGUCGUACCUCGUUUUUCUGCGAUAGGUUCGUCGGCCGAGACGCCUGUCGUCAUAGGAGCCGAAGGCUUUCAUCCGAUUGCUUCGUCGCCGCCUCCACAGCCGUUCAAGGCGUCGUCUGCUGCUGUCGACGUUAGUAAAGUGUCUACUUCGUCGGCCAAGAAGCGACCUGUCGAGACGGAUCCCGUCGAGGAGACGGUUAUCACUUUGCCCCCAAGCUUCUUGGGUGAUGAAGAGGCGUCGGUUAUAUGGCCUUUCGCUGAUCGCUUGAUCUUGCCUACGACGUAUCGACGAUACCACGAGGUGGAUCCUCUUCCUGUCGCGUCGGACGCCGCUGAGCUUAGUCUGCGGGCGUCGCAGGCUGCCUUGGCUGUACGCAGGCAGUGUUCGUUGCUGUGUGAUGAGGUGACGAAUGCAAGGCAGCUGACAGCGACGGCGAAGAAGGCGGCCGCGUCGUGGGAAGCGAAGUGGAAAGCUGCUGAGAAGAAGGUCGUGGAUCUUGCUGCGGUGGUUAAGGCCAAGGGUGAUCAAUUGAAAGGUAAGGAUAAGCAGUUAGCCGACGUGGCCAAAGAUCUGGAGAAAGUGAAGGAGGAGUUGACCUCGACGACGGAGGAGUUGGAUGGAUUGAGGAGCUUGUACGACGCCCUGCAGGAGGAGGCGAAGGACGUCGAGGCUCUUGCUAUAUGGAGGACGCGGGCGCAGAUGAUGUAUUCCUGCCUGAUUGGGGAGACUAGCCUUUGGCCGUGUCAAAAGGAGGUGGAUGACUAUCUGGCUAAUGGCGGCACUAUGGCUGACCUGUCGGUGCCUGUGGUGGAUUCGGAGGAGUUGGCUAAGACGGCUGAUACUGCUAGUACUGAGGCGACGGAGGUGGAUGCGGCUUUGUUGGUGGUGAGUGCGCCUGUUCCGGACCAAGAGGGGGAGGUUUUAGCUGUUGGGUGCGAAGAGGAGGCCCUCCUCGUCGUUUCUCAAGACGAGACGUUGGACGUGGCGUCGGUGGAGGCGCCAGUCGUGCCCCCAGAGCAAGAGUCGGAGCAGGAAGCCGCGGUCUCUACUCAGGAAGAAGGGAUGUAAUAGUUUGUAGUUUUCGAAUUUUUGUUGGUUUUGUGUUUUGUUGGUGAACUUCUUUACUCGUCGUCGAUGGCGGCGACGAGGUGGUUUGGAUGACUUGUGUUUUGUUUUUGUGUUUGGAAUGUUUUUAUUCGUCGUCGGUAGUGGCGACGCGGUGUUUGGAUUUCGGAAGUCGUGGCCUUAGGGGUCGCGCGUCGUGUAUGUUAAGUUUGUUUUUCUUUUCCUUAGUCGUCUGUUCUUUAUGGUUAUCCCGUCGCGUUUUGAUGUCUUAGUUUCGUGUAGCAAAUGCUUUGCAAGUAAUAAGUAUUGAACCGACUGAUGUGUAAAAUCAUACCUGCGUUGUUAGUUCGUUGUCUCUUGCGAUCUCGUUCUGAGUCGUACGUUGUUGCUUAUGGAUGUCAUUCGUCGUGCGUCUUGCAUUCUGCAAAAGAAAACAGGGGUCGCUAGGAGGAUUGGCCGUUGGGGGUGCCAACGGCCCUCCGAUGCCUAAGUCAGUAAUGGUUUUUUUUAAAAUAAAGCGAUAAAGAAAAGUAAAGACGACGAUACGACGACUGAUAAAAUUGGUCACGACGAGAUUUCAAAAAUGGUAGAGUUUAAGAUGUGUUGCGUUCCAGCUUCGGGGGACCGACUUGCCAUCUUUGGUAAUGAGUCUGUAUGCCCCCUUUCCGACGAUUUUGUCGAUCAAGUACGGUCCUUCCCAAGCUGGUGCUAACUUACCCGCGUUUAAUUCUUUCGUGUUUUGAAAUACUCUGCGCAGUACCCAAUCUCCUUCUUUGAACAUUUUCACUUUGACAUUUUUGUUGAAGCAUUUUGCCACGAUCUGUUGUUGUGACGCCAUUCUUAUCAAUGCUGCUUCCCUGAGAUCUUCUGUGUUGUCGAGGUUUUCGCUGAGUUCUACGUCGUUUUGCUCUGGCGUCAUGAGUCCAUAUCGUGCACUGGGCAACGUCACUUCAGGGGGAAGUACCGCUUCGCACCCGUAAACGAGUGAGAAGGGAGUCUGUCCCGUCGCCGUCCUAGGCGUCGUCCUGUUGGCCCAUAGGAUGGAUGGAAAUUCUUCUGCCCAUCGCCCCUUCUUGUCGUCCAACCGCUUUUUCAGCGACGCGAUGAUCGUUUUGUUGCUGGAUUCCGCCUGUCCGUUUGCUUGGGGGUAUCUGGGCGUCGACGUCUUUAGCUCGAUGUUCCAUGUUUUGCAGAAAGCUCUUGUCUUGUCGCUGAUGAAUUGUGAUCCGUUGUCGCAGAUGAUUUCUGACGGUAUUCCGAACCUGCAUAUUAUGUUAGUCCAUAUGAACGAGCAUACCUCUUUGUCCCUUACUUGUUGGAAUGCACCUGCUUCUAUCCACUUGGAAAAAUAAUCUGUUAGGGCUAACAUGAAGACCUUUUGUCCUGGGGCGACGGGCAAUUUGCCAACGAUGUCCAUCCCCCAUUUCAUGAAAGGCCACGGAGUUAGGGUUGGAUGCAAGAAUUCGGAUGGUUUAUGUGUCAUACCUGCGUGUCGUUGGCACUUGUCGCACUUGGAUACGUACCUCAUGGAGUCCUUAAGCAUUGUUGGCCAAUAGUAUCCAUUUCUUUUGAUUCUGGUUGAUAAGCUUCGUCCUCCUUCGUGUCCUCCGCAUUCUCCUUCGUGGUAUUGUUUCAAUAGUAUUUCCCAUUCGAUAUCUUCGGCACAUCGCAUCAACAUUCCGUUUGCUGAUCGCUUAAAUAGUACGUCCUGCAAAAUAACAUAUCGUGAAGCUUUGAAAAGUAUCUUUCUGGCGUCUAGUUUGUCGUCGGGUAGAGUUUCGUGCUUUAGGUAAUCGAAGAUGGGUUUGGUCCAACUGUCUGUGUUUGAGGUUGAUAGGACGAGGCUGGCGUCCUGUGGUAUGUCUUUUUCGACGGCGGGCGACAGUAGGUGUACUAGAGGUAUGGUCGAGAAUGGUGAUUUUCUGAGUGCGGAUCCUAGGUUGGCAAGGGCGUCGGCUUGCGUGUUUAGGUCUCUUGGGACUUGUUUGAUGGAGAAGGGUUUGAAUUUGGAAGUUAACUCUUUUGCUUUCUCGAGAUACAAGGUCAUUUUUAGGUCUUUAGCUUCGUAGUCGCCGUUAAUCUGGUUGACGAUUAGUUGUGAGUCGCUGAAGAUGUUGAGUCCGCUUGCCCCUAAUUCCAUAGCUAAUGUCAUUCCGGCGAUUAGCGCCUCGUAUUCUGCUUCGUUGUUAGUUGCCUUGAAAUCGCAGCAGAUUGCCUGUGCUAUCAUGUCCCCUUGUGGUGACUUUAGUACGACGCCUAAACCUGCACCACGAAAGUUAGAUGAGCCGUCGACGAAGAGUGUCCAUAUUCCUUCUAUGUUGUUGAUGAGUUUGACUUCGUCGUCUGCUGUCCUCUCUAAGUCGGGGCUGAAGUCUGCCACAAAAUCUGCUAGGGCCUGUGAUUUUACAGCCGUCCUUGGUUGAUACUUGAUGUCGAACCUUCCUAGUGCCAUUGUCCACUUCUCCAUUCGACCUGUCAGUUCUGGCCUACGCAUCACGGACUUGAUUGGAUAGUUAGUCAUCACCACUAUUUGGUGAGUUUCAAAAUAAUGCCUUAGUUUUUUGGCUGCGGUAACGAGUGCUAAAACGAGUUUUUCGAGGGAAGAAUACCUGGUCUCUGCUUCCAGUAGUGACUUACUGAUGUAAUAAAUGGGUAGUUGUUGUGCUUCGUCCUCUCGAGCUAGGACCGCGCUCACUGCCGUCGAGCUAACGGCUAAAUAGAGUUGUAAGACUUCUCCUUCUUUUGGCUUGGAUAGUAGGGGCGGCGACAUCAUGUAUUUUUUGAGGUUCUGCAGGGCUGCUUCGUGGUUGUCGGUCCAGUUAAACCCCUUGUUUUUUCGCAGGACGUCGUAAAAUAAUCGACACUUGUCCGACGACCGUGAUAUAAAACGGUUCAGUGCCGCCACUCUCCCUGUCAAGCGUUGUACCUCUUUUAUGUUCUGCGGGGAUUGAAUGUUGAUGAUCGCGCGCACUUGGUCGGGGCUGGCCUCGAUUCCUCGUUGGGUGACGAUGUAACCUAAGAAUUUUCCUGCGGACACUCCGAAAGAACAUUUAGUCGGGUUAAGUUUCAUACCGUACUUUUUUAGUAUGUCGAAGGAUUGUCGUAAGUGUUCCACGUGAUCGUCAGCCCUCCUCGAUUUCACCAGCAUGUCGUCAAUGUAUACCUCCAUUGUGUCUCCGAGUUGGUCUUUAAACAUCUUGUUGACUAAUCUUUGGUACGUCGCACCUGCAUUUUUAAGACCAAAAGGCAUGACUUUAUAACAAUAAAUUCCUCUAUCUGUUACAAAAGAUGUUUUUUCCUGGUCGUCUGGGUGCAUAAGGAUUUGGUUGUAUCCUGAGUAGGCGUCCAUGAAUGUGAGUAGCUCGUGUCCGGCUGUGGCGUCGACCAGGGCGUCGAUGUGCGGUAGAGGGAAUGGGUCCUUGGGGCAAGCUUUGUUGAUAUCUGUGAAGUCGAUGCAGACUCUCCAUUUUCCGUUCUUUUUGCUGACGACGACGACGUUUGCUAACCAGUCUGGAUAUUUGACUUCUCUGAUCUUCCCUGAAUCUAUCAGGUUUUGGACUUCUUCGUCUAUGAUUUUAUUCCUUUCGGGUGCGAACUUACGUCGUUUCUGUUUUACCGGUCUGAAGCUGGGGUCGACGUUGAGCUUGUGGGUAAUCACGUCUGGGCUGAUUCCUGUCAUGUCCUCGUGCGACCAAGCGAAACAGUCCGAGUUUUCUCUUAGAAACGACACUAUCUGACUUUUGAUGUUGUCAGGCAGUGAGGCUCCGAUCCUUAUGACUUGGUCUGGCUUUGUCUGGUCUAGUACUAUCUCGUCGAUUUGUUGGUCGUCGGGGUCGUCCGACGUCGACCCUGGCUGUAAUUGCUAGAUGGGUGACUUGGAUGGUUUCAGUGCUGUCUCGUAACAUUUCUUCGCAUCCCUUUGCUGCCCUUUGAUUUCCAUGACCCCCCACUUGGUUGGAAACUUGAUUGAUUGGUGAUAUGUUGAUGGCACUGCUUUCAUUUUGUGGAUCCAUGGUCGUCCUAGGAUGACGUUGUACGCUGAUGGACAAUCGACGACGUUGAACUUGGUCAUCAUGUUGACGCCUUCUGCGUAUGUAGGCAGCGAUAUCUCUCCUACCGUCCGUAGUGCUUCUCCACUGAACCCUACCAGGACUGUUGAUCUCCGUACUAUGUUUUUCUCUUCUAAUCCCAUUUCUUGUAGUGCUUCCAAGAACAGUACGUUGGCUGAGCUUCCGUUGUCGACCAGUAUCCUUUUGAUCAAUGCGUUCCCUAUUGGGAGAGAUAUUACCAACCCGUCGUGGUGCUCCCGCUGUGUAUCUACAGAAUCUGAAUCGUCGAAAGUGAUAGCCAUUGCGGUCAGGGACCUGUGUAGUGCGGCCUCGUCUUCGGUUUGUCCCUCUUCAACGGUCUCAGAUUCGCCCCUGUUAAUUUUUUUAGCUGCAGAAGAGGUUAGCCCACAAAUAUCUGAACCACCGGAAAUAACAUUUACCACUUUACUGAAUGGUGGUGGGUCUGGUCGCUCGCUGCUUGUCGCUGGGCCGGGCAGGGUGGUUUGCUCUUUGGAAAAUGUUUCUUUUCCCUUGUCGCUCAGCAGUUCCUUUAGAUGCCCCCGUUUCAGGAGGUAUGCGACUUCCUUUCUGAGGGAGAUGCAUUCCUCGGUUGUGUGUCCGUUGUCGCGGUGGAAGUCGCACCAUUUGCUCAUGUCCUUCAUGGAGUCCGGUCUGUCGUUCUUCCGGGGCCAUCUCACUGUUCCACCUACAUUUUGAAGGGCGUUUACCACACCUCCAAUGUCGACGUUGAAGCCGUAGUCGGAGAUGUUAGGGUGUUCGACCCGUUCGUUCCUGUAAACAUUGUUAGUAUCAUAAUACUGAUUGACACUUUGUACCUGGUUUUGCCGAACAUAUGGUUGGUGUCGCCAAUUGUUGUUCCUUGGGGUGUACGAUCUUCUGUCGCCGCUGCCCCCUAUCGAUCGUUGAGAUGCUGUUCGGAUAACCUCGUCGUCUUCGAUUCGCAUCUGGGCGGUGGCCCUUGAUCGCACCUCUUCGAAAGUUGCACAGGGAUAUUUGGUUAUUUCCCGGUAUAGCUCCGAAUUGGGGAUGAGGCCUCUCUUGAACGCCUCAAUAGCAGUCCUGACAUCACAAUUUUUUAUACCAAUUUUUUCACAAUUAAAACGGUUAAAAUAAUCGCGUACCGACUCGGUUGGCCCUUGAACCAACCGAUAGAGAUCACUGGUUUGUUUUUCUAACUGGCGACUGCUGGCGAAUUGUUGGUAGAAGGCGUUGAUGAGGUCGGACAAACAGGAGAUGGAUCUGGGAGGGACGUUCGUGAGCCAUUCCAAAGCUGCUCCAUCAAGGGUGCCGCCGAAUGAUUUGCACAUAACAGGUUCUACUAGGUCGUGCGGAAUCCCGAUCUGCCACAUGCGCUGCUUGUAGAAGUUGACGUGCCUAUAGGGGUCGGACGUCCCGUCGUACAGGGUGGUCCAGGUUGGGAGCCGGAGUGUGUGCGGAACUGUCACCCUAGCGAUCGCUUCGCAGAAUGGCGACGCGGCAUACCCGUCGGUCGGCUCGGUCUCCACUGGUGUAGGUGCCCCGGGGAACCUGGUCAUCAACUUCAUCAGGCGGGAAUAGUGCUUUGUCAUGCGUGCAUCCAUCUUGUUCAGGCGUUGGGUCAUCGGAUCGGGAGCUUCUUUGUCUUCUUCCUCACGGGUUUCCUCCUCAUCGUCGGUCACAUCUUCAAAGUCAUCGGGCAUCUCGAACGUUAGCUUUUUUGGCUUCCCACCUUUGUAGCGGGACUGGUGCUUGUUGCUCUUUACAGAUUCGAGCUCUUUCUAGAGGGUUUCAUUGGAUGCCCUCUCUUGGGCUAGCUCGGCUUGGGCUUUCUCGUAAGCCGCCUUCAUCUCUGCGAUCGUCAUCUCUCCAGUAGCCAUGGUGAAAGGGGUGCUUUUGUGUAAAACCUAGUUAAUGUCCCCACAGACGGCGCCAAACUGUUUAUGCCAAAAUUCGUAUGGGGGCGACUUUCGGCUAGGGUCGACACCAACUAAACAAAGAAUCAACGACACAAAUAAAGAGGCACGACACAGAGGAGUGUUGACGCGGAAAACCCAGGAAUAAGGUAAAAAACCGCGGAUAGCUAUGAGGCUAUCAAUCCACUAAGUAUUCUAUAUGAUUGUUUAUGCUUUUCUCUCUAAGAAUCGAUAUCAAAAAUCUCAAGUACAAUAAUGAAUACUGAAACAGUUUAUAGCUUAAGAGUCUUUUUGCUUGAAUCAACGUGCCUUGCUUAUCAUUAUCUUCGUCCUUUUAUAGGAUAUUCUCAACGGUCUGAUCGGUUGAGGAAAUCCCACAAAGAUAGGAGUAUCUUUGUCACACGACUCUUCAACCUUUAACUGCUUCCGCGCUUCUCGCGGGUGUCUUGGACUCGUUCUUGCUAGCUUGACGGCGCUGCCUAUCAUGGGCUUUAGGUCAACUUAUCUUCAUCAACCCGUUUCUCGAGGACGUGUCUCAGUUGCCUGUACUCUGUCGCCUGUCCUUCGUCGGUUAUACCUCGUCGUACGAUGCUACGUCGGACGUAUCUCCCUGGAGCUGUGUUUACCUGCGACACGACAGGACCUGGCUGACACGACAUGAUCAAACGUUAGAACGGUUAUGUCGUUAGUCCAAAAAGUGGGAUAACACAUAUCAUAUUAUUUUUCUUUAGGUUAUUUCCAUAUUAUAUGGUACAUUUUUUCUACACUCAAAUACAGGAUGUAUCUCAUGCAUCUUCAAAGUUUUACUCAGCCAAGAACAUUGUAAGAAUCUUAAGGAGUAGCUAAGUUACAAUCUCUUUAGACAUAUACAACUAUACAGCCGGUUAUCCUUUCCCUUUUUUCUGCUUCCACUUACCAUUGAUGAAGACAUACAUUAUUGUAGGCUCUCCUAGCCUCUCUUCGUGUACCUGCAUACCAUAAAACAUUAGAAAUCGCAAUAUUAUUAGUAGAGGUGUCUCUGUUAAUAUCCUUGUAGUUGUGCUUUUCUUGAUUAUGGAUAUUGGAUCUUACUAAUUUUAUACU